AUGCCUGACGCGCCCCGAACGCCCGAGAAGUCGAAAGACACCCCCAAGCCUACGACUUCCCCUCCCGCUGCCGCCGGCUCCAGUAACACUGGCGGGAGCCCCAGCUCCCCAUCUAGCGCCAGCCAGCGAGAGAUUGACCUGCAAUAUAUUGGCACAUGGGUAAGCAGCGCAACGCCGUCUCCUCUCACCCCUCCGCUUCUCGCCAAGGAAUUGUUCCAUUGA